UAUUCUCCCAUACAUUCCUUUAUAUUUCAAAUAAACAACCAGACUCGUCGCUUGUCUGGGCCCCUGUAGUUUACAUUGCAAACAUAAGAAGCCGAGUUUUCAGGAAAUUUUUGUCAUUAAGUCGGGUAAAUCAAUAACAUUAUUUUCUUCUGAAAGUAUUCGGAGUAAAGUUUCGUAAACAGUCGCGAGAUAAACGAGCGCGAAGGCUAACUUAUUAGAGAAAAAUAUCAACCGUCGUGCUUGGUCAACAAGAUUAUUAACAACAAGAUUAUUAACCACAUAAAAUCUAACACAAAGGGUUUCCCCGCUUACUUUUAAUAUGCAGGUUUUUAAAAAAAUAGAGUGGUAAACUGAACUCAAUAAAGGGACCUCUUCGAAAUUUAUACUUGAUUUCCAAAUUUUGUUCGGUGUCAUGUUUUCAAUUGUUUUAACUGUUAAUCUCAACCGUAGGAAGUUGUAAGAUGCUUUAAUUUAUGCAAUUGUAAACAGGCGCUUUGAAUCUUGUCUCAACAUGAUCAGAGAAUAAUGUUUAACCUACGUUGGAGGAAAAUGAAUCAUUCAACUGAUUGGAAGACUUUGCAGAACGUCGAACAAGUCUCGUCUAUCCUGUGACAAAAUGAAUGUUCAUUUGAUGUCGCUUUUCGCUUUUGUCUUUGUUAUCAGCAGAGCUCCUAAAACGACUUCUGUUGAUAUUAAAAAUGAUUUGACUCCUGAUUUAAGCAAGGAGUCUCGUGAACGGGAAAGCCUUUAUCAUGUAAGCGCUUCUCACGAUGUGCCUUCAGUGAAGAAGAGAAGUAUCCAGAGUACAGCCGACCGCUGGCAAAAGGCAAAUACUUCCCCCGUCUGCUUUGGCGCAAAACACUCUCAGUUCGGCACAUUCAGCGCUCCCUCUCGUGGUUUACUAGCCGCCGUAAAGCUGGUUCACUUGUACGGUUAUGUUACCUGUGACACAAGAAGCAACAGGUACUGGUCAUUCUGGGGCUGCGGGGAACGUUCCAAUGAAAGACCGUAUGUUGGUGUUGUCAUAACAACGUCACGCAAUCACAUCCUCUUGCCACCGCGUCGUUUCAAUCGCAGAAUUGGAAAAUGGUCCAAGAUUCCCGGAUAUAACUCAUUUUCUUCUGAAAUUGUGCUGAAAUCUUCCCGUCCUCAUUCGAUAUACAAAGGUAAAGGAUUUCGGGUGUGGUUCGGCGAGGAUUUAGUCAACUACACCGAAGGAGACAACGCUGGAAAAGUCUGCUUUGAUGUUUACAUACUCUUUGUGUGAGCAUCUCUGACGAGUUUCGUCUUCACUUAACAUAAAACAACUCAGUUCUAUGGUUGUUAAGGAUUAAAAAAUCUUAGUCUCAGAGGGUUGAUGUUUUGCUAAUAGACUCGUACAGUGGCUGGUUUUUUACAAGGUUUUAUCAUUAUUUUUCCUUUUUUCGAGAGAAAAGGCUGGAGUGUUUCGGAUUUAUAGAAAGGUUGAAGAAAGUUGUGUAUAGGACAAAGAUAACACUGACAGCAUGAACGAAGACGUUUGGUAGACUGUGACAUAAUUACAUUUGUAUUUGCAAACGAAAAUAAAUUGAGGUUAGAAUAUGGGAAA